GAAGAAGACGAGGUCAAAGGUUACUAACAAAAUGGCUGAACACAGCGGGUCCGCGGUUAUAAUGAUGUGAACAACUGGAUGCAGAGGCUAUAGUUAUAUUUUUCGAUGCACCCCCACUGCAACAGACAUUAAAUACAUCUUAUCUUUUGCAUGCAGUACCGACUGUUAGUUUUGGCAGAUUUAUAUUUAUGGAUACGUACGUUGUGGCUGUAGUAAAAAUACUACAGCAGUCCCCGCGAAGUACAAACCGAAAUUAACGCGCUCAAUACUGAAAGGAUAGUACAGUGCAGAUUCCUGAAUUUUACUCCCGUCCUCGCUAUUAUUGGUGUUUAUUAUUAUUAUUAUUAUUAUUUUGUAGUUUGGCAAAUGGAUGAGUUUGCUGCAUCUUGAGCUAACGAAGUAGCCCAAACGGGCUGUUGAGAAGGAAACACCGCUGAGCAGUUUUUUUGGGAUGUUCAAACUUCUAUCAAAACACUACAGCAAGAAUCGAGGAUGAACAGGAAGAAGGAUAAAGGAUUCGAGAGUCCGCGCCCAUUUAAAUUGACCCAUCAGGUGGUGUGCAUCAAUAACAUCAACUUCCAGAGGAAGUCUGUCAUUGGCUACGUCGAGCUGACCAUUUUCCCUACAGUGGUCAACCUGAACAGGAUUAAGCUUAACAGUAAACAGUGCCGCAUCUACAGGGUACGAGUCAAUGAACUUGAAGCCCCAUUCAUUUACAAUGACCCCACGUUGGAGGUGUGCCACCAUGAGUCCAAGCAGAGGAACCUCAACUAUUUCUCCAGUGCCUACACAGCAGCAGUGAGUGCUGUGGACCCUGAUGCAGGACACGGGGAGCUGGUCAUCAAAGUUCCCUCUGAACUCUGGAAACAAGGAGAUGAUUUGAAAGUUUUAAAGGUCUACAUUGAAUUUUCCCUGGACCAACCAAAAGGAGGUCUCCACUUUGUUGUUCCUGAUGUGGAAGGCAGCAUGGCAGAGAGAGGAGCUCAUGUUUUCUCCUUUGGAUACCAGAACUCCACCAGGUUCUGGUUCCCCUGUGUGGACUCCUACUCAGAGCUCUGUACAUGGAAGCUGGAGUUCACUGUAGAUGCUUCCAUGGUGGCGGUAUCUUGUGGAGAUCUGGUGGAGACCAUUUACACCCACGAUAUGAGGAAGAAGACUUUCCACUAUGUCCUCCCAAUCCCCACUGCGGCCCCCAAUAUCUCCCUGGCUGUGGGGCCCUUUGAAAUCCUUGUCGAUCCCUACAUGCAUGAGGUGACCCACUUCUGCCUGCCACAGCUGCUGCCGCUGCUCAAACACACAAUGUCCUACCUACAUGAGAUUUUUGAGUUCUAUGAGGAGAUUCUGACAUGUCGUUACCCUUAUUCCUGUUACAAGACGGUGUUUGUGGAUGAGGCCUAUGUACAAGUGUCUGCCUAUGCUUCCAUGAGCAUUUUCAGUACUAACCUCCUCCACAGCGCUAUGAUCAUAGACCAGACUCCGCUGACACGUCGCUGUCUGGCCCAGGCCUUGGCUCAGCAGUUCUUUGGCUGUUUCAUCUCCAGGAUGUCAUGGGCUGACGAGUGGGUGUUGAAGGGAAUCUCAGGCUACAUCUAUGGCCUCUACCUAAAGAAGACCUUUGGAGUCAAUGAGUAUCGGCACUGGAUCAAAGAGGAGUUGGACAAGAUUGUGGAAUAUGAACUGCAGAUGGGAGGGGUUCUGUUGCACCCGACAUUCAGUGGAGGCAAAGAGAAAGACAAUCCAACUCCCCACCUUCACUUCUCCAUCAAGCACCCCCACACACUCUCCUGGGAAUACUACAAGAUGUUCCAGUGUAAGGCCCACCUGGUGAUGAGGCUGAUAGAAAACAGAAUCAGCAUGGAGUUCAUGCUGCAGGUUUUCAAUAAGCUUCUGAGCCUGGCCAGCACAGCCUCAUCCCAGAAGUACCAGAGUCAAAUGUGGAGUCAGAUGCUUCUGUCUACUCACGCCUUCCUCAAGUCCAUCUCCAAUGUCUCUGGCAAAGACAUAGGCCCCCUUAUCAAACAAUGGGUAGACCAGAGUGCUGUAGUGAAAUUCUUUGGCAGUUUUGCCUUCAACAGGAAGAGGAACGUGUUAGAGCUGGAGAUCCGUCAGGACUACACAUCAUCUGGAACUCAGAAAUAUGUGGGUCCCAUCAAGGUGACGGUGCAGGAGCUGGAUGGAUCCUUCAACCAUACGCUGCAGAUAGAGGAGAACAGCCUCAAACAUGACAUCCCCUGUCACUCCAAGAGCAGACGAAACAAGAAAAAGAAGAUCCCUCUGAUGAAUGGAGAGGAAGUUGACAUGGACUUAUCAGCCAUGGAUGCUGACUCUCCUCUCCUCUGGAUCCGGAUUGACCCAGACAUGUCCAUUCUGAGGAAGGUGGAGUUUGAGCAGGCGGACUUCAUGUGGCAGUAUCAGCUGCGCUAUGAGAGGGAUGUGGUUGCACAGGAGGAGGCCAUCUCAGCAUUGGAAAAAUUCCCAACUCCUGCCUCCAGACUGGCUCUGACGGACAUCCUGGAGCAAGAACAGUGUUUCUACAAAGUCCGCAUGCAGGCCUGCUUCUGUUUGGCAAAGAUUGCCAAUGCCAUGGUUAGCACGUGGCAGGGCCCGCCAGCUAUGAAGUCCCUGUUUACCCGAAUGUUCUGCUGUAAGAGCUGCCCCAACAUCGUCAAGACCAACAACUUCAUCAAUUUCCAGAGUUACUUCCUACAGAAGACGAUGCCUGUGGCCAUGGCGUUACUGAGAGAUGUCCAGAACCUCUGUCCUAAAGAUGUCCUCAACUUCAUCCUUGACCUCAUCAAGUAUAACGACAACAGAAAAAACAAGUUUUCAGAUAACUACUACCGUGCAGAUCUGAUUCAGGCGCUGACCAACUCUCUGACCCCAGCCAUCAGCAUUAACAAUGAGGUGCGCACCGUGGACAACUUAAAUGCUGACGUCCGUCUAAUCUUGGAGGAAAUCACGCGAUUCCUCAACAUGGAGAAAUUGUUGCCGAGCUUCAGAAACACCAUCACUGUCAGUUGUCUGAGAGCGAUUCGUCAGCUUCAGAAGAACGGUCAUAUUCCCAGUGACGCGUCACUCUUCAAGUCCUACGCUCAGUAUGGGCAUUUUGUAGACGUUCGCAUCGCUGCCUUGGAGGCUCUGGUGGACUACACUAGAGUUGAGAGAAGUUCAGCAGAGCUGCAGUGGCUCCUCAACAUGGUCCAGAAUGAUCCAUCUCAUUAUGUCAGACACGAGAUCCUGGGAGUGCUCUGUAAGAAUCCACCUUUCACCAAGACAACAGAUUCGACUCUGUGUAAUGAAGCUCUGGUCGACCAGCUCUGGAAACUUAUGAACUCAAGUACCUCACACGACUGGCGGCUGCGCUGUGAUGCCGUGGACCUCUACUACACGUUGUUUGGUUUGACUCGACCCUCCUGCCUGCCCCUGCCAGAACUGGGCCUUGUGCUCAACCUGAAGGAGAAGAAAGCUGUCCUGAACCCAACCAUCAAGCCUGAGCUGGGUGUAGGUGCCAUCAUGGACACGCCUGCCAGUAUAGGCAUCCAUGGUGUCGGCAUGAGCUACACAGCUGUGGAUGACGAGCCAGAUCCUAUUUCAUUAGGAGUGUGUGGGGUGGGCCAACCCCCUCAGGGCCUGAAGAGGAAGGCCGAGACCCCGCUGGGCUCCCCUCCAGAGCCAGGGCAGGUCCUGCAGCAACAGGAUGAUGAUGGAAGAGUGGGGCGCUACAAGAUCAGGUUCAACACAAUGGAAGAUGAAGAUAUUGAUAUGGAGACUGUUCAUGAUAGUCAGGCCUUCAUUCAUCAUCAUCUCAAUCUGUUAGAGAGACCCUCUACACCAGGUAAAGAGCCACCGACGGUCGAACAGCCCAUGCUCUCCAUGCCUGCCACGCCGGUGCCGUCCUUUUCCAAAGAGACAGCUGCUUUGUCCUCCAAACACGGCGGUGAACACGGCCACCACCAUCACCACCACCAUCACGAGCACAAGAAGAAGAAGAAGAAGCACAAGCACAAACACAAGCACAAGCACAAACAUGAAAGCAAGGACAAGGAGAAGGACAGAGACAGAGACAGAGACAACCCCCAUGCUUACAGCAACAGCCCAGCCAGUGGCAGGUCCCUGCGCUCGCCAUCUUUAUCUGACUAAAACAUCUGGAAGUUUCCAAUUGUUGAGGUUAACUUUAUACAUUCAUCUUGUAGUAGCAGAACAGAGACACAAAAUGGAAAGUAAAACAUGUUUAGUUGAUCUAAAUAUUCGUUUGCUAAGUAGCGUUAUUAAACAGGAAGUCUCAUUUGGACAAAGUGUUAAAGAAAAGGAUGCUAUCAUGUGUUGUAAUCUUUAGACGAUUGACAGCACUAAAUUUCCAAGCAUAAACAGCUGCACAUGUUGGCUUGAGACAGGAAACAUGGAGUUGUGAUCAGAGCUUGCCGUGUCAUGAAGGUAAAUCCUCUAGACGCAUCCUCACAUCCUUACACCACACACACACACACACACACACAGACCCAUCUCUGGUGUCCCCACAGCUAAUUCCCAACAUUCCUGAGGGGAAAUUUGAAAUUUCUGAUCAUGGCGUGGAUUCUGUCUGAACUGAAAGUCUGGUCUCCGGUGUCUUAAACAUCCUGCAAAUUACAUUUUCCUGUUUGCUCACACGUGAAAAUUAAACAGGAAUUUCAGAGUGCUGUAUAAUUGAAACUCGAAUAAUACUGUGUUUUUUUAAUACUUUUUGUUUCCCCAACUGUCAUCAUUGAUUAAAGAUGCUUUUGUAUUCAUGAAUGUUUUCACUAGAUUGAAUCCGCAAAGACUCUUACGGCUGGGUUUACUCUGGCACUGUUUCAUAGGUUUGAUUAGGAGGUUUUAAACAAUGAAAAGAACAUGCAGACUUCUUUAUUCCCUGUGUAGAUAACUGGAGGGGUAUCAAAAGUUUGACUCAGAGUGUUUAAAAAGAACAUUUUUUUUCUAUUUAAUCAGUUUAAAUUCAUCUGGUCGUACUUAUAAGACAAUAAACGUGCUUAUCCCUCUUUUUCUUUA